AUGUCUCUACGUCCGUCUACUGCUCCUCUGCGUGCCUCUUUGCCUUCUCCUCCUGCUUCCUCUCUUCCUGCUCUUGCCGACCCGGAGUCGGACUCUCUUCGUGCUGCCAGCCCUACUGUCACGCGUCUCCUUGCUACUGCCGUAACUGACCCUUCUUUCCAGUUUUCUGCUGCGUCUGCCCUUGUUACUGAGCUCGUCGACUUUGCAGCACGCUGUCGUCUAGACUACGCUGCUAGUCUUGUCGCUGAGUCUGAGUCUGCCUGUCCUCCGUCCGUCGGGGGUGAGUGUGCCCUUGGCACGGACGUCCUUGAGGACACGCAGGAGGAGUUCCAGUGUCUGGCCGCCGCUUCACCUCAUCUCGCGUCUGUACUGCUCACCCCUGAGGGAGACCCGGAUGCACUAGACAUCCCGACUCCGCGCUCUUACGCGGAGGCGAUAGAGGGUCCCUACUCCUCUCAGUGGCAGGUAGCUAUGGAUGCAGAGAUGGCUUCCUGGAAGUCCACAAGCACCUACGCUGACGCUGUCCCCCCUCCUGGGGCGAAUAUCGUCAGUGGCAUGUGGAUUUUCAGGGUGAAGCGGCCGCCGGGUUCUCCGCCUGUCUUCAAGGCCCGUUACGUGGCUCGUGGCUUCAGACAGCGGCAGGGAGUUGACUACUUUCAGACCUUCUCCCCCACCCCGAAGAUGACCACUCUUCGGGUACUGCUGCACGUUGCUGCUCACCGUGACUACGAGCUGCACUCUCUCGACUUCAGCACUGCUUUCUUGCAGGGCAGCCUGCACGAGGAGAUCUGGCUGCGUCGCCCACCUGGCUUCACUGGGUCUUUCCCUCCUGGUACCCAGUGGAGUCUCCGGCGUCCAGUCUACGGUCUCCGCCAGGCGCCGCGUGAGUGGCACGACACACUGAGGACUACGCUGGCGGCACUUGGGUUUGCUCCUUCCACUGCAGACCCGUCGCUGUUUCUGCGCACCGACACCUCUCUGCCGCCGUUCUACAUCCUCGUGUACGUCGACGACUUGGUCUUUGCCACAGCUGACACUGCUGGACUCGCCUACGUGAAGUCCAAGCUUCAGAAGAGACACACGUGCACAGACCUGGGUGAACUGCGCAGCUACCUUGGCUUGCAGAUCACCCGGGACAGAGCACGCCGCACCAUUACCCUGACUCAGUCACACAUGGUGCAGCAGGUCCUUCAGCGCUUCGGCUUCACGUACUCCUCGCCUCAGGCCACUCCUCUGCCUACUCGCCACUCGCUCUCAGCUCUGCCUUCGGAUGAGUCCGUAGAGUCGAGUGGCCCCAUUCUCGCACGCUAUGUUGCUCCUGGAAGACACCGACUUGAGCACAUGGCUGCAGCGAAGAGGGUGUUGCGCUACUUGUGCAGUACGUCGGGCAUGGGGCUAGUGCUUGGAGGGCGCAGUCCAGUGGUCCUCACUGGGCACGCGGACGCUUCUUGGGCUGACGACCAGGCUACGCAGCGGUCGUCACAGGGUUACACCUUCAGUCUUGGUUCCGGCUCUGUUUCGUGGCGGGCUAUCCGCUCGUCUUCUGUUCUCGGCUCCAGUUGUGAGGCUGAGAUCUACGCCGGGGCUAUGGCUGCCCAGGAGCUUCGCUGGCUCACCUACCUGCUGACCUACCUUGGAGAGCCGCCUCGUUCUCCUCGAGUCAUGUACGUCGACAACAAGGCCAUGCUGGCCUUGUGUCGAGAGCAGCGACUGGAGCACAGGACAAAGCACAUUGCUCUCCGCUACUUUCUUGCUCAUGAGCUACAGCAGCGUGGACAGUUGCGACUUGCGUACGUGGCCUCUGAGGCCAACACUGCUGAUGUCUUCACCAAGGCACUUGCGCCUUGUGAUCAUCAGCGCUGCUGCACGCAGCUGGGCCUUGUACCUGCCUUGCCUCACUUGCUCACUUCUUGA